GAGAGAAGUUAAUCGCAGCGAUGGCAAGAACCAAGCAGACGGCUCGUAAAUCCACCGGUGGUAAAGCCCCGAGGAAGCAGCUCGCUACUAAAGCCGCCCGGAAGAGCGCCCCAGCCACCGGCGGCGUCAAGAAGCCCCACCGUUACAGGCCCGGGACCGUGGCUCUCCGAGAGAUCCGUCGCUAUCAGAAGUCCACCGAGCUGCUGAUCCGCAAACUGCCUUUCCAGCGUCUGGUGCGAGAGAUCGCUCAGGAUUUCAAGACGGACCUGCGCUUCCAGAGCUCCGCUGUCAUGGCCCUGCAGGAGUCCAGCGAGGCUUAUCUGGUCGGUCUGUUCGAGGACACCAACCUGUGCGCCAUCCACGCCAAGAGAGUCACCAUCAUGCCCAAAGACAUCCAGCUGGCCCGCCGCAUCCGCGGAGAGCGCGCUUAAACCCGCCGCUGCCAAACACCCCAAAGGCUCUUUUAAGAGCCACCGACACCGCUCUGAACGAGACCGUUUCCAAUGUAAUAAUGAAUAUAA